ACACUCCUAUUCCUGUAACAGAGGAACGUCGCUCCAUAAGAAGAGACCAUGGCAGAACAUGGAGCUCAUUUCACUGCCAUCUACCCAUAUGUGGACAGGCCUUCUAUAUUUGAAGUUGUUGCCCAAGACAGUUUGAUGACUGCUGUGAGACCAGCAUUUCAGCAUGUGAUCAAGGUAUUGGCUGAAUCCAAUCCUUCAUAUUAUGGUUUCCUAUGGCGCUGGUUUGACGAAAUCUACACCAUCCUGGAUCUUCUACUCCAGCAGCAUUACCUCUUCCGAUGCAGUGCUUCUUUUUCUGAAAAUUUCUAUGGCUUGAAGAGAGUUGCACUGAAAAGCAAAAGGAAUCAGCAGAGAUCUUUGGCCACUGCUGGACUAUCCCAAAAGCAUCAUUGGAAAUCUCUCUGCUUGUUGGUCCUUGUUCCAUACCUGAGAACUAAACUGGAAAAGUUGAUCUCCCGUCUCCAGGAAGAGGAUGAUUAUUCUAUCCAUCCUCCAUCAUCCUGCUGGAAACGAUUUUAUAAGGCCUUCCUGGCUGCCUACCCCUUUGUGAACAUGGCUUGGGAGGGCUGGUUUCUGGUGCAGCAACUAUGUUACAUUCUGGGAAAGGCUCAACACCACUCCCCACUGCUGAAACUGGCUGGUGUGUAUUUAGUCAGGCUGACAGCAGAUGAUUUGCGGGCUUUGGAAAAUGUACAUAUAGCUGCUGGUGAUGUUCUACAGUCAUCAAACAGCAUGAAAGAGCAAAUGAAGUCCGCUGGGAAAAAAAUCCUAGGGGCCCUGGCUUUCUCCCUGUCCACUGGCCUCUCUGUGGGCAUCUUCUUCCUCCAGUUUUUGGAGUGGUGGUAUUCAGCUGAGAAUCAGGAGAACAUCAAAUCACUGACUGCUAUGCCAGUCCCACCACCACCUGUGCACCUGGACUAUGAGACUGACUCACCUCUUUUGCCAAAGCUCAAGACAAUGUGUCCAUUGUGUCGUAAAAUUCGUGUCAACGAUACAGCCCUCUCCACUUCUGGCUUUGUUUUCUGCUAUCGCUGUGUCUACUCUUAUGUGAAGCAUCAGCAGCGGUGCCCCAUCACUGGCUAUGCCACUGAACUCCAGCACCUUGUCAAACUAUACACACCUGAAAACUGAGAGGUCCAUCCUUUGAUCUUUAUAUAAAAACUGGAACGCUACAUUGCAGAAUCGGGUGCUUUUUUUCUGAUUAUACUAAGCAUAGUUUUUUGGUAAUAGAGGGGGGGUUAGCUUUUAAGCAUGUGGUUACAGGUUAUACUUACUGUCAACUGUUGUCUUUGAGCUAUCUCACCUAAUUGGUUUCCCCCCUAAUAUCUAUUAAGUGAAAACAGAUUAGCUGAGAAAGAUUAUUAGAUAGAAAAAGGCCCAACCUGCUUCUUAUCCGUACGACUUGAGGCACGUUUCUAGGGG